UUUCUCGUAUUUUCUCCAUUAUAGGACGGAUGUGUUUUUAGCUGUGGAACUCUGCAUACGGAUCUUUUUUAGCUUUUCGAGUUCAUGACCCCGUUAUUGUGAUACAAGAAGCUGCGCGUCAUUCGUGCCGUGGUUUUUCCAUGACUCUCUACAUUCGGCGGAUUCCCUUCACGAGUCGUUGAAAAGGGGACGACGAGGAAGAAGAAGAAAGAAAAGAGACAGAGACGCAUAUCUAUACAUAUAUAUUAUAAACACACGUGGUGUAAUUAUAUUUCGUGCUGACGAAGAACUGUAUUUCGCACGACGAGCUGUUGUUGCUGUGAGAAGAGGGAUUUGUACGGGGAAGUCCUGUCGUCGUCGUCGUCGUCGUCGUCGUGGCUGCUGCACCAGUGUGUCGGUGAUGAUGAUGCGGGACAUUGAGCUCGUGAUGCUCGUUUUGACUGGUGUCGUCGUGACUUGCUUUCUCAUUGGCGAAACUUCGGCGGAAUUGAAGGGGGCCAACGUGUGCACGAAGCAGGAAACUUAUGUGGACACUGUGAAGGUCAGUUACCACAAACCGUACCAAGUCCGCACGCAUACUUGGUGCCUUGCAGUACCUCCGAGGUGCACCAAGUACAAGAUCGCCUACAAAAUCGGCUACCGGAAUGAGGUCAGUUACCACAAACCGUACCAAGUCCGCACGCAUACUUGGUGCCUUGCAGUACCUCCGAGGUGCACCAAGUACAAGAUCGCCUACAAAAUCGGCUACCGGAAUGAGGCUGUGAAGAAAACCAGAACAGUGAGUGUUUGCUGCAAGGGUUACGCGGAAGCUGCUGACGGGGAAAGCUGCAUUCCCAUCUGCUCCAACGACUGCAUCCACGGCGUGUGCGAAUCCCCGGAGAAGUGCAAAUGCUUGCCCGGGUUCGGCGGGCCCACGUGCAGCAUUUCAUCGAACUCGUCGUCGGAUCGAAAUGACUUCCGCGUCCUGGGAAAUCUUGACAUUGUCGACGAUGACGAUCAUUCCGAGAAAACCCUGACAGGGAUUAACGUCAAUGUCACCAUCGACAUUUUUUCGACUCUUUUCCGAAAACGCGGCAACGUGUCGACGCCGAUAAGGAGAAGAAUCGUCGAGAAUUAUCACGGAGACAAUUUCGCCAUUCGGUUUGAUUCGAAAAACGACUGUGAUUCAUCCAUGUGCGAAAAUUCUGGUAACACUGUGAUUGACGAUGGAAAAGUGGGUUCCGGAAAUGAUGGAACCCGGAAAGAAUUUUCCCGGGGUUCCGAUGAAAUCACCACCACCACCACCACCAAGUUUCAUAUUUUUGAUGUGGUUUCUCCGAUUAAACCCGAUUCGGGAAAUUCCCGGGUUCGGUUGCGAAAUGAAACCCGGGAGCAACCUCCUCUUUUCGUCGUUGAUGUCGCGAAAAGAACCUGCGAUGCGUCGAGGAAACCGUCUUCUACCAAGUUUAAAGUCUUCAAUGUUGUUGCUUCUUCGAAUUUAUCGGGGACUGGGGAACCCGGGAAACCCCGUGCAUUGAUGGAAAAUAACCAGGUCCGCUUGAGAAAUGGAACCCGGAAACCCCUUUUCGCGAGCCUAACGAACGUGAUCACGAAUAAGUUGCAGACCUUUGACGUGGGUUCCCGGGCCACUGAUGAUGAUGAGAACCCGAAACCCGAGAAAAAUUCCUUGAAUGAGGCGAAUCGUAGCCAAUUUUCGGGACUCGAAUCCGGGAAAAACGGAACCCGUCGCAGACCUUUGACCCAAUUUUCGGGACUCGAAUCCGGGAAAAACGGAACCCGAGAUUUAUUUUUCCUUGCUGAUGUUGCGAGGCCCAAAAACGACGCUGCUGUUGACACGGAUCCUUCUGCCCUUUAUUCGUCUACGAGAAAACCAGCGAAACCCGAUUUGGGAACCCGUAAUAACUAUGGUCUGAUUGACGUGCGGUCAGGGGUUCGGAGAGAUGGGGCCAAAAUGGGUCAGGCCAAGGGUCGAUGGAGGGAAGGGAAUAAUAAGAAUAAUGGGUUUUCGGGGAAGAUUCUGGGGGAAUCUGAGGGACGAUGGAAUAAUUCUGAGUUGGAGGCACGGCUUUGGCCCGAAAUCGUGUGA